CUUUCAUUGUAGCUAAUUUUUGUGUUAACACUGUUUCAUUUUUCCUCUUUGGUUAUAGUCAUGGUUUUUCUGUUGUUCCUCCAAUAAUCAAUUACUUGAUACAGCUAUAGAAAUAUCUAAUCCUAUUUAACCAUAUAACAAACUUGCAAAGUUUAUACUCGGAUUCUGACAUUACUUCUUUUAGUAAUCCAUGUUAUUAUCUAGUUUAAACCUUGCUACAAAUCCUUUUUACUCAGCAGUUGUGAUUCAUUCAUAUAUUUUUCAUACUACAACAUAGUAUCUUUAACAUUACAGAGGGCUUGUGACUCAGGGGCUGCAACCACAGCACAUCAUACUGAACCUCCUGUCACAAGGAUACAAACAGCCAUGCCACCACCACCACUACCAUCAGUCUUCAGGCAACCACACAAACAGUAUGCUCCCAGGCAUGAGCAUGGUUGGAUGGCUUCAGUUGAGGACCCGGGAGUGAUGCCACCACCAUUAACAUAUGACCCCUGGCAAGAUUCCUGGCCAGAGGAAUAUUCAUAUUUUGGCUUUAAGGCGGAGCCAAGACAGCCACAAAGGGUCCAUGUAUUUACCCCCCCAAACACAUGGCAGUCAUGGCUUUUACCCACAGACUAUGUCACAAGAAGUGCCAAUUGGACAGGCUGAGUGGUCACACACUGGUCAUCAGUGGGACUAUCAAUCAACCAUGAGAACUCCACCAUCCUCAUCACUUGGGCGAGCUCCACCAUCCUCCUCACUUGGGCGAGCUCCACCAUCCUCAUCAAUUGGGCAAGCUCCACAAUCCUCAUCACUUGGGCGAGCUCCACCAUCCUCAUCACUUUGGCGAGUUCCACCAUCCUCAUCACUUGGGCGAGCUCCACCAUCCUCAUCACUUGGGCGAGCCCCACCAUCCUCAUCACUUGGGCGAGCUCCACCAUCCUCAUCACUUGGGCAAGCUCCACCAUCCUCAUCACUUGGGCAAGCUCCACCAUCUGCAGAUGGAAAUAUAGCAGAAACUACUCAAGCACCAUCAGAUGCAGUGGAACCUGCCCCACCAGAACCAUCAGAUGCAGCUGAACCUGCCCCACCAGAACCAGCAGAUGCAGCUGAACCUGCCCCACCAGAACCAGCAGAUGCAGGUGACCCUGCACCUCAAGCACCAGCAGAUGCAGGUGACCCUGCCCCACAAGCAACUAGAAGCCCUGCUGCUCAAGGGCCUGUGGUUGCAUUGUAUUCUCCCCUGGGUGAGGAAUACAUUUCACUCCAGAGGAGGCUCAUAACAAGCACCGAGAGCAUACAAAGAGGCCAAGAGAGGUUCUUCAGGAGCCAAGAGAGGUUACACAAGCGUAGCAUAGAGCUGCAGAGGGACAUGGCAGCAUCAUUAAGUGCAAGUGUUCAAAACCAGUCACAAAUUAUGCAAAUUCUAUCUGAUAUGCAGAUGUAAAUGGACAAUAGAUGGAGAGAACAAAAUCAACUCUUGGGUGUGUUGGUUGAGCACUUUACACACCAGCAGGACACUACCUCCAGCCUAUCUGUUGCCAGCACACCAACAGAAACACCGGAAUCUGCUAGAACAAAGAAAACAAGGCAAUCCACUACAGGCACCUCAGCUCCCUCAUCCAAAAAGCCCAAGAAAAAUAAAUAAUUUUAUAGUUCAUAAUAAA